UAGUCUGAUUAACUUUGCCUAUAUGUGUGAAUGUCUGUGCUUUUCUUCCUGAAUGUGAAUGAUAAAAUGCAAACCAAGAUUGUGCUUGAUUCUGUGAUUUGGGUGUAAAAUUGUAACUCGGUAGCAGGAACCUCUUCCAUCACACCCGAAAUUUCGUCAAUUGGAUCCUAAUGGCUGCAAUGUCGUCAAUUGUAUAAUCGUUUCAUUUUUAAAAAACCCUGCUGUUUUACAUUUUGAUAAUCACUAUUCAUCAUAAGUAUAUUCCCUGUAUUCCUUCGGGCAAUUAAAUAUGCUCUCCAUAGUAUGGUUACUUGUUUAAUUGAGCUACAAGUAUCCAUCACUUUUUCUACUUUCUUAAGUUUGCCUAGCUUAAAUCAAAUCUUUGAAAAUGAGACUGGUUAUUUGUUUACAUAGAGAAGUCAUGUCAGGCACUACUACUUGGAGUGGAUCUUCUCUCCACAAUAUACAAGAAAACCUUCUUGUUGUGAUGGAUUUAUUUGUUAUUCACUUAUCCCCUGCUUGUAUGGUUAAAGUCAAUGUGCUACCCAUGCUGGUUGUGCAAUUUUACCUAAUAUACUGAUGGACUAGAUUUCCAAAAAUAAUUUUGAGUUUUUGAGCAAGGUUGAGUAUGAAGUGGGAUGUAAAGCUUAUGAAGUAGUAUGAAGCUUUCUUUGAUUUGUGAGCCAAUUUCCCUCAUCAGUGGAUGAUGUAUGGAAUUUUGUUUAUGCAGCUGGCAUUAUUGUUUAUGACUUCGCCGAUUGUCUGGACGUUAUUAUCAGGACACACUGCAGGAUUUGGCAUCUUGGUAUAUACCUGGCCGUCACUGCGAGAUACAAGGCUAGUUGUUUAUACACCUGGGGAUGGCUAACUACAGCACAGUGAUGUCCGAAUCAGAGAUUGCUUCACUAAAGAAUGCACUUUGUGCUCAGCAGAAGCUUCUGCAGAAACUGUACAUUGAGUUGGAUGCAGAAAGAGAAGCUUCUGCCACUGCAGCUAGUGAAGCUUUAUCUGUGAUAUUGCGUCUACAAGGAGAGAAGGCUGCGGUCAAAAUGGAGGCGGAGCAGUAUAAGAGACUGGCGGAGGAGAGGAUGUGUCAUGCCGAGGAAUCUUUUGCCUUGAUUGAAGAUAUGAUCACUGAGAAAGAAAUGGAGGUGGCUGAGUUAGAUUAUCAAGUUCAAACCUAUAGGUAUCAGUUGAUGAGCAUGGGUUUCGAUGUUCCUUCUGGUGAUGAUAUGAACAUUCCUGAAAACCUUUUGCAUAGAAACGAAUGUGUAUCGGGAGAAACAUGCCUUCACUUGAAAUGCAAGAAGGCUCUGCUCGAUUUAGAAGGUUCCACUAAUGUAGAUGUAGAUGUAAUUUCUAAGCCGAUAGAGGAGGAACAGUCAGGCCAGGAAACAAACGAGUCGUUUGUCUCAGGUUCAGAGAGGAAGCUUGAUGGCUCAACUCAUGAAGGCAUGUUUUCUUAUGCCGAGCAGAUAAAGGAGCUAGAUCUUUUGGUAAAAGAUAUGACAGGAGCUAACAUAACAGGCUCUGUUAGUGAAGCCCUGAAUCCAGCCAUUUCUAAAAAGCCAAGUCUAUCAAAUCUAUCUUCGUAUUCAGGAGAUUCAUCACAAGACACGAAAGCUGUUCAUUCCCCUUGUCCUCCAACGGUACAUGAUGUCUUUGAGGUUCCGCAGGUUGACCAGUUACCCGUGUCUUAUGAAGCCAGUGAGAUCCUUGAGAUCCGAGAUCAAGCUCAACCAUCAAGCAAAGUUUGUCAAGCUAGCCAAGAUCCGACUCAUCCUGAAUCUGUCAAAAAGAUUGCCAAAAAUGAACCUGACUGGCUGAAGAAGCUACUGGACUCAACUGACCACGACAAAAAUUUAUGUAAACCAAGUGAUAUUGCUGCUAUUGAUCGAGGGAUUGUCCAAUCUACAGCAAGUGCUGAUGUUGCUUCUGUCCAACCAAGAAUACGUAUUAAUGUAUCUGAAUCCAAUUUAGAUCAACUUGAGAGGCAUCCAGAGAUGCAGCCACAAUCUUCGGAAAGAGAGGAAGAGCUGAUUCUGUUGAAAGAGAUCUGGAAGAAACUGAGUUUGUUACAGGAUCAGAUUGCCAUUCAGAAAGUGAAAGCGAAGAAAUCUUUCCCUGCAAACGACGAACCAUCCUUGCAACCUCUAGCUGAGAUGAUGGUCUCCUUUUGGCUUUGAUGAAGAAGUGAAUCACAGAAAUCUGACAUUUGUAUGUGAGAAUGUCAUGUCUUUCUCUGUCUUUCUCUGGUUCACAUGUGUAUAUUCUACCUCACCAACAUCUGAUUUGUUUGUAAAAGAAUCUUCACUUACGAUACUGUAGUCCAAGGCGCGGUUGAUACGAUCUGCCCAGCUGAAGAAGCGUAUUGCCAGCUGCAAGAUGCUCACUUUGUACAGAUUCAGUUGUAUCCACCCUUCUUAUUUUUUUUUUCUACUUACAGAAGAGAGUUUAUUUCUAUUUUUUAACACUUUCUGAUGUAUACGCCUGUAUCUGGAAAGCGUUUUCGUUGUUUUCAGCCACGAUAUUUGGGUUGCUGUCAUACGAUGUAAUUGUGUAACACCCGUUGCGUUACACAAGAUGCUUGUUUUAUACUACUGAUAAUAGUUUUCCAGUUUCCGAAUUGGUUAUUCACUA